AAGGGGCGAAGCACUUCCUUGUAGGAUUAGCAGGGAGACACUGCAGCUAUGAAAAGCUUCACAUUUUUCGGUGUUCUAUGGCUCGCCCUCGGGCAUGUAAGGCCAUCCUCCCAAUCCAUGAUUGACUAUUUGCCAUAUAACACUGAGCCUCGUACUGAACCCUGUCCUAAUCAGAUGUCUAUCUAUGGUGCUAAGUGUCUCCAGCUCUUUAGCAAGAAUAUCUACCAGUGUCCUUAUGGGUUCUACUAUAAUUCAAGUUGCAGGCUAGGAAAGGUAUUCCCAGGAGAGGUGAUUCUGAAUAUCCCAUAUAAUGAGUCUAUGGGAGAUACAACAAGCCAAAAUUAUGAAAAAUUAUAUGAUAAUCUCACUAAUUUUUUUGACCAGACAUUUGAAAAUACGUUUCGGGAAAUAACCAUUCUUAAUGUGAAAUUAAGGGUGAAUAAGGUAGAAGACAAAAAUAAGCCUACAGUUACAGAUACGGCUACAGUUAUGCUCAUCACUGGAUUUGACGAAGAGGCAAAUAUGACAGCUCAGGACUUGGAAACGCGUGUGAAGAAUUCUACUUUUUUAAAUGACUCCAUUAUCUCAUCAUUUACAAGUAAAACAGGGUGUGACAUUGGCAUCUGUGAUAACGACACAACAGACUGCAGGGAUGUCGAGGGUGGUAUUCCAAAAUGUGAAUGUAAAAAAGACCUGGCUAAGAUGAACCUAGAAGACAAAGCUUGUCGACUUUGUGACAGCAGCUGUUCUGCAGCAAACAAUAGAUUCUGUCUCAUGGAAGCAGAUCUUGUCCCUCAAUGCCGAUGUCUGCAGAAUUUCGAGGAAAAGGAUGGAGAAUGUGAAGCGUGUAGCAUUGGGUUUUCUGGAGAAGACUGCCAAGACAAUUACAUGGCCAUCAUCAUAGGAGUAUCUACCACAGGUGGUGUUCUUCUGGUGGCUUUAAUUGGCGUAACCACUUACUUCCUAGUCAGGAAACAGGACUCUAAAGCCGGACAUCAACAAUUGAUAAGCAAUGAGUAUUCAACCUUGGGCAAUCCUUCUGGGGGGAUUGAUUCUGGGGAAGAUUCUGGGAGAAUCUUCCCCAGAAUCAAAACUACGAAUGCUGCUGACAACCCAACCGAUUUCUACGAAGGAGGAGCUGCAAAUAGAGGCUACGUUCCCGAGAGAGAAUAUAGGAAUGAUAACGUGAGUGGCUGUUUCAGUGGCUAGAAAUGCCCUCCAGAUACUGAGUCCAGCUGAAGAGCAAGGAAAAAUAAGAACGUCUGUCAACGUGGGCACUGCCAUGGAAUCAAAACACAAUGCUUCUGAAUUCUCCAAUCACUUUCGCACUAAGAGAGCUAACACCACAGAAGGUCCUACAGCUAUCUCUUGUAAAACUACUCUAUACUUGCCAGUUUAAUGGAACUUCAGCUCUACUUGCUGCCUUGCUUAAAUGAGCGGAAGAAAAGAAAGGCAUGGAGCGUGCUGCAACUCUGUAAAUUAUCACUGCUUUAGCAUGUCUUCUAUCAUCUAUCUGAAAAAGAGGCAGUAGGGAAAGGGCAAUAGCUCAUUGUCUAACAUGUUGAGUUUGAUCAUCCUUCUUGCCCCUUGACAGCAAGGCUACUGUAUAAUAUUUAGAGUUCACUCACAUUUUUUGGUUUAUUAAAAUUUGUCAUAAAGUACGAAUAGAAACAUAAAUGGAGAAAGAUGAAGGGAGAAGUACAGAAAGAAGUGAAAAAAGAAAGGAAAAGGCUGCAACUUCCUACUUUUUUCAGUCCAGUAGAAUGCAGAAAAAUGUCUUAGCUUUUUGCUUUACAUGUCUAACUGUCUCAAGCCAUUUCAAGUCAUUCUAAUAAUCAAAACCUAAAAUUAAAGUUUCAUUUUUUGUUGUUCCAGCUACAAAACCCAGAAGUGAUUUCAAAACGGAAAUAAAACUAGAUAUAUUUUUCUCUUUAA